AUGGAUGAGCCCGGCUUCCAGCAUGCGCGCCCGCUGCCCGCCGAUCUGCCUACGUCGCUCGACGACCGCAAGACCGUACCCGUGAUAGGCGGCGAGACGGAGAUGUACGACGCUUGGCAGGGCCAGUCGCAGUUCAUCUCCAACCCGCCCACCAAGCCCCUCGGCUUCAACCUCGACCUCGACGAGCCCCAAGACCAAGACCUCCAGGACAGCGAAGACAAGCUGGUCCACAUGCUCGAGCGCCAAGCCCAGAUCAAGAGCGACAACAUGAACACCGCCAGCGAGGACGCCAUUGUCAACGACGAAAAGCUGUCUGACGACCAGAAAAGGGAAACCCUCCAGGGCUCCCUCAACUUGGCCGCUUCCAAUGGCGACGUCGAGGCCAUAGAACGCAUCGUCUCCGGCUCCGCAAAGGACUACGUCGACGUCAACGCCCCCGACUCCGAGGGCACACCGCCCUUGAUCUAUGCCAGCUGCUUCGGCCACGAGCAGGUCGUCGAGGCCCUGCUGAACGCGGGUGCCAACGUCGACACGCAGGACCGGAACCGCUGGACCCCCCUCAUGUGGGCCAUGACCAACCGCCACAAAGCCAUUGCAAAAUUGCUGCUGGACAAGGGUGCACAGCCAGAGCUGGAGACGUCUACAGGUAGGACUGCCUUUGAUUUUGUGACUCCCAACAGUGACCUCUCAGAAUACCUGCACGAGAGCGGAUACAGCAUCGGUAACGCAGGGGUCGCCGAUGAUUUUUAUAACGAGGGCUUUGCCCAAGACCGCUUCGAGGAGGAGAUGGCCGAGAACGAGUUGAGGCGCCGGAUGAUGAUGGAAAGCGCAAUCAACCUAGAAGUGGACUUGGGCAAUCUCGGACUCGAUGAGCAAUCGGAGGAACCCGAAGAAGAUUUCGGAGACGAGCACGAAUUCAGAUGGGACACGUGCCUCAAUGACCAGAUGUUUGUCUUCCAAGAGAACGAACUCGACCGGAUACUCGACAUUGUUAUCACCAACAUGACCCCUAUGCGUUCCCCCACCCAAAAGCCAGUUCCGGCAAACAUUCUGUUCCUGGGCGCCCGCUACGCUCAUUACCACGCCAGCCCAGAGUUGCUUGAGAAACUGCUCAUCUCAGCCAUGGACAAGAUUAAUGACGUUGUCGAGAAGCAUCAAUGGGACAUGACCAUCUUGGCCUUCUGGAUCUCCAACGCCACUCUUCUGCUCCACUACCUCAAGAAGGACGCGGGGACUGUCGAGGCAACCACGGAGUUCCAAGCCGAAUUGGCCGAACUCAUCAACGAGAUUUUCAUCCUGAUCAUUCGCGACGCCGAGCGCAGAAUGGACAAGGUGCUCGACACCGCCAUGCUGGACCAUGAGACGAUCCCUGGAUUCGAGGACGUGACUUUCCAGCAUGAGUGGAAGAUUUUCAAGACAAAAUCGAAGCCCAAAGCGCCGGAACCCAUCGAGAAACGCUUCCGCCCUCCCUCGCCGAAGCGGAGGGCCCAGGUGUCGCCUCGUAACAUCACCUCUCUCCUCUCGUCAACUCUCUUCGUGCUCGACCUGUACGACAUUCACUCGGUCAUCACCGCUCAGAUCUUGUCACAGCUCCUCUAUUGGUUGGGCGCGGAGCUGUUCAACCGUAUCAUGUCAAAUCGCAAAUAUCUUGCCCGCACCAAGGCCAUGCAGAUCCGCAUGAACGUGUCAACUAUUGAGGACUGGGCCCGAACCAACAACCGGCAGCCGGAGCACUACGAAAAUGGUGCCAUGACAGCGACGGGCGAAAACACGAUGGAUGCGGCGCGGCGGCACGUGGCACCGGUGGUGCAGUUGCUGCAAUGGCUGCAAUGUUUCUCGUCACUGGGCGAGGAUGUGGAGUCACUCAAGGCAACGCUCGAGCAGCUACCACGGCUGACGCCGCAGCAGGCCAACCACACGGUCAAGUAUUACCGGCCAGAGGUGGGAGAGAAGAGCUUGCCAAAGCCGGCAAUCAAGUUCCUGAUGGACCGGGAGAAGGAGGCAGCAGACCGACGCCUGUCGAAGCAGUCGCGCAAGUCGCUGCCCCCGCUGCCGUCACAGUCGUCACAGUCGGCACAGGGCUCGGACAGCGCACCCAGCACACCAGCGCAGGAGCACCCGCCCAUGUCGCCGACGUUUGGGACGCCAGCCACUGUCCCACCGAAUCUGUUCCGUGUCGAAGAGGACGAGGAAGACGAGCCCGAGGGUCUGUUGCUCGACCCGGCGUUUAUGCUGCCGUUCAGCUUGCCCACCAGCACCGACAUGCUCGUCACCUACGGCGCCGGCUUUGGCGGCACGAACCGCGAGCGCGAGCGCAAGUACAUCCCGACGGUGCCACCCGAGUUCCUGUCCAAGCUGGACAUUAGCGGCGGAAAGGGCAUCGGGAAUAUUUACGAUGGCGCUGUGUGGAGCGAUGAUGGGUCGAACGCUUGA